UUAUUCACUAGUCUGCUAUAAAACAUGCAAAAAAUAUGUGUUUUCAAAUAUUGCGUGUUAUGUUUCAUUUUAGUAAUUUAUAAAGCAGAUUCAACGUCCGACUCCCUUAGCGGUUCAGAUGAGGCAAAUAUAGUGAAGCUUGAUGAUACAGCUGAUAGUAAGAAAACUGAUGGUGAUAUCGCAGUUGAUGACGAAAAUUCAGAUGAAGCAGUUGCUGAUGAGACGAUAAAUUCAGAUGAAAAUAAUCCUGUCCAAGAUGAUGAUCAAGAUAACAACGAACCAACAAAUGCUGGAAACGAGAAUAAUAUACAAAAUGGUGUUCAAAAUACCAAAGAAGAAACAGGUGGAGUGGUUACACAAGAUGAUGUUCCAGAUGCCAAUGAGCCAACCGAAAGAGAAGAAAAAGAAGACGAGGCACAAAGUGACGCGUCAUUUGAGACUUUUGAACAAGAAAUGAAAAUACAAGGGUUUAAAAACAUGGACACAUUCUAUGAUGGAUCUGUUACACGUGAUAAGUCGUAUUCAAUACCAGCUUUUAAAUUAAGCGCAGCUGAAAAAGAAAAAUUCAAAAUAUGGCCUGAAGCUAAAGUACCGUACUACAUCGACGACUUAUCUUAUGACAAAGUUCUUCGAGAUAAAAUCCGCGGGUACCUGGACUAUGCGAAAAGUCGUACAAAUAUUGAUUUUCAUGAACUGUUUGAGCCACCCACCGACGAAAAUGAAAGAUGGAUCUUUUUCGUCAAUCGAAGAGGGCAAUUAGACUGCAAGGACUAUUCUACUAAAUCCUUCACAAAUAAGGGCGUACAGAAAGUGACGGUUGGCUACGAUUGCCUCAAACACGGUGGACAUAUGGCGGCCAUAGUUUUGGCGUUGUUGGGUGUGCCGCCUCAGCACAACUCCCCGGAUCGGGAUAAAUUCGUUACCAUAAAUGAGAAGAAUAUUUUGCCAGAAAAAUUGGUUUUCUUCAAAAAGUUGGAUAAUGGCGAUUGGUUGUACCAUGAUUUUCCCUAUGACCAUAUUAGUGCAGGCAAUUAUCCGCCUCAUAAAUAUACUGCAAACGGAAACACAACUAUUGAAAUUAAAGCUGACACAUACGAGGCGAGACAUCCUUUCCAACUUGUUUACGAUAUUGUUUACGGUGAAGGACCGAAAAAUUACAGUCCUCUAGAUCUAGCUAAAAUAAUAUCACUAUAUAAUGACAUUAUAUUUAAAAAAGAUAAUAAGCGUCUUAAACUUGAAGACUGCAAAGCUUUAUUUAAACCAGGACCAGGUUUUGGACAUACCAAAUUGAAAAAGCUGAAUGAAAUACCCGAAAGGAAAAAACCAAAAGAGUAUCUCCUUGCGGCCAAAAAGUUGUACGCAUAUAAGGACUUAUAUGGUGAAGCACUUAGUUCUCUAGAAGAUAAGAAGUGAAUUAACAGGAGAACACCUACCUAAUCUAAAUUUAAUAAAAUACUGAAAACAGAAAAUAUCAGCCGUUUGCGAUGAUUUACUACCGUAUUUAAUUUGGUACGAAUUCAUUUGAUCGCGAAUUUAAUUUCUGUCGUUGUAAUUUAUAUGUUUUUUUUAAUAACCAGAAAUCUAAAUAACAUCCUACAAUGUUUUGGCGAUUUUUUUAGUAAGUAUUAUGAAUUCACAUAAUUUGUUAUUUUGGAAAAAUAAAGAGUAUUCAU